AUGGCUUCCGCAGUAGAUAAUCGUCCUGGAGGAACAACAGAACGAAAUUCAAAUGCUCGUCCAACAUUAACUCUUGGUAAUCGAAAUACAACUACUGGAGCAAGUUUUCAAUCGAAUGGGCCGAUGCUUGCACCAUUACGAUCUACUAAAAAUAUUCCAACAUAUAUUGUAUGGUCGGUAAUUAAUUUAUUAUUUAUACCAUUUGGUAUACUUUGCUGUUAUUUUUCACAUAAAGUGAAACAGUUAAAAGCUCAAAAUGUUUAUGAAGCAGCAACUAAAUGGUCAAAACGUACACUUGUACUUAAUUUAAUGACGACAUUAAUAAUGAUUGGUGUUAUUAUUACAAUUGUUAUGUUAAAUUAUGAUCACAAUCAACGCAGUAAGAAUUCAGGCUCUAAUGAAACAACAACAGCUGCUUAUAUUCCAUGGCAACCAGGACGUUAA